UGAGUGUUUGAGACUCACGUGCAAUAAUUUGGUUUCGAAUAGGUUUUUUCCGUGACAGUGCAACUGAUUAGUAUAAUAAUAUGAAAUUUGCUGUAUCUUUGGUGGCCGAAUCCAGUGCCAGACUAGGCUCGUUAACGGAAUUUGCUCGAAUCCCAGAGGCUGUAUUCGAAACCCCAUUACUUUUGCUACACACUCGUGGUGCUUCUGUUCCACAUUUGAGCUAUGAUCUCUUACAAAUGGUUUCAACUGGGCACCACAUGCUUCAGAUGCCUCUGGUUACGCUUGUUGAUCACACAAAAAAUGUGAAAGCAUUCGGAAAAGGAAUAGCUGAGUUUGCAGGUUUAAAGGAAUAUUUAAAUUAUGUGUCUGUGCAAGAUUCUGGCACUACAACACCUGAGGGCUACCAUGAAAAGAAUUCCAUUUCUCUGUGGACCAGAGGUGGAAGGAAACUUAUUGACCCCCAGACUUACAUAUCUUGCAUUGAAGCAUUGAAACCAGACAUGUUUCAAGCGAUAGUUGAUGGAGAUACAACUCAAAGCAGUUCAGCUAAAAGGGUUAGAAAGUCUGUUGAUGUUACUGUCAAGUUUGCUGGUAUUUGUGCUGACCUGAAAGAAAAGUCUGAUGUUUUGAAAGACACUCCCAUGUUAGCUUGUAUAACUGGGGGGUACAAUAUUAAAGAAAGAUUGCGCUGUAUAAACGAAUUAAAAGGGUUUGGUGCUGCUGGUUAUGUUAUCGAAGGAUUCCACACAAACGGAGAAUCUGCCACGAAUUUACUCUGGGAAGACGUGGAGCCAGUUUUAACGGAAACUUUAGGUUCACUUCCGGAAAAUCUACCUCGAGCAUUUCAUGGACCCAUUACACCUAUCGUGCUACUGAAACUCGUAUCUAAGGGCAUUGAUAUUUUUGAUGCAACAUUUCCGUGGCUAGUUGCAGAAAGAGGGGGUGCGCUGGUUUUUCCUAAUUCACUGUCGAAAGAAAACGUUCCUGUUACUGAAACAUUGCCAAGCAUGAAAGCCCCAGCAAUAGUUGCAACGGACCAAAAAGUUGCCAAACUUGCAGAUGAUAACAGCAAUGACGAAGCAGUGGAUCGAGUCUACGAAAUAAAUCUUAAAGACAAAAUAUACUUCAGUGACACCAGACCUUUAUUAGAAGGCUGCUCAUGCUAUAGCUGCCGCAAGUUUUCGCGAAGUUACGUUCACCAUUUGACCGCAACGGGUGAACUUCAAGGGCCUAUCCUGAUAAUGAUGCACAAUCUUCAUCACUACAUCAACUUCUUUAAAAGUAUUCAGCAGGCCAUUAAGGAAAAUGAAUUACAAGCUCUACAAUCUAAGCUUGAUCUGUUUGUUUCCUCCCGCAGAAACUGAAAAUUACAAAUUUAACUUUUUUUUUAAA